AUGGGGCUCGCAUAUCCAGCUGGUGCUGCUACCGUGUCCCUCCUCGUCAUAGGAGGCUACAUGCUUUUUACUGGACAAGGCGAGCAGUUUAAUGUCGGCCAAUUCCUCGAGUCGGUCUCCCCGUACGCUUGGGCGAACCUGGGUAUUGCGAUGUGUAUUGGAUUCUCCGUCGUGGGUGCAGGAUGGGGUAUUUUCCUCACGGGCUCUUCGAUCGUCGCCGGCGGUGUCAAGGCCCCUCGGAUCCGCACCAAGAACCUGAUCUCGAUUAUUUUCUGCGAAGUCGUCGCUAUUUACGGUGUCAUUAUUGCGAUCGUGUAUUCCUCCAAGCUCAACCUGAUAACCAACGACGAAAUCUACUCGGGCAGCAGUUACUACACGGGAUUUGCGCUUUUCUGGGGAGGAAUCACCGUCGGCAUGUGCAACCUGAUCUGUGGUAUCUCAGUCGGUAUCAACGGAAGUGGUGCGGCACUGGCGGAUGCAGCGGAUGCGAGCUUGUUCGUCAAGAUACUUGUCAUCGAGAUUUUCAGUUCGGUUCUCGGACUGUUCGGUCUGAUUGUCGGACUGCUGGUGGGUGGAAAGGCCACCGACUUCGGUUCUUAG